ACGCCUCCCCUCCCUGUGCAUGCGCGCUCCCGAGAGGUGGAGGCUUGGCAUCCUACUGGGCGCGGCGGCCAAGAGCAAAGAUUGCAACCAGAGAGUGACAGAAGGAGGUCUGAGCCCUCAUUACUGUUAGGAUGUCAAACACUGGUCUCAUUCGACACAUCCGCAGCCCUCCUCAGCCCCCAGGGCCGAUACUAGGAUGUUCAAAGUUGUUUCUUUGCAUAAUGCCUAUUGCUCAGAUUGCAAUUGGGUCGGUGUAUUUACAUGACUGUCCGCGGCAGCGCUACGUCCCCAUCUACUUGAUAGUAGUGGGAACGUUUGGCCUGGUGCUGGCGCUGCUCUCCUGCCUGCCCUGCGCUCAGGAGCCCAAAGAUGGCACCUCCAACCCGCUCAGUCAAGUCUGCACGGUCUGGAACUCGCUGACAUCUUUCUUCCUCUUCUGCUGGUUCAUCGCUGGUAAUGUGUGGAUCUACUCUAUUUACGAGCCCAACUACAACAAGAACACAACGACUGUGGACUCUUACUGCAAUAGAACGGUCUACUUGUUUGCCUUCUGGACCACCACUCUGGUCUACAUCCUCUUGGGUCUGUUCCUGGUAGGCGGCUGCUGCGUUCUCUUCUGCUUCUUUCUGUGUGGCCGAGCCGACCCCGGACGACAACGUCUAGGGACUUCCUCAGACAAAAGCGAGGCAGACAGGUUCUCGUUGCCACUGCUCACAUCGCGUUUGCUGCUGAAGCUGUUAGCUGUUCUCUGGACCCAGGCUUGAUGCAAGUGUUUGUUGAAUGAGUUGCACUUUUCUAUUGUACGUUAACAAAUCUGAAAUAUACUGUAAAAGUUAUGGGGAAGAAAACACAGCACGGUUUAGACUUAAGCAUAUGGAAAGCACAGUAGAGUGAUCUUUCUUUAUUAAAUACAUAAUUUGCAACACAA